AACUUUGUGAGAGUAUUGCUACUCAUUGACACUUCUGUGGCCACGACACUGAUACCUUGAUGUUACAUCACACAUUACCUAAUGCUAAGUGAGUCCCCUGAUGUUAAAAUUGCUUCUUUAAAAAAAGGUUUGAAACCUUAUCUGCUGCUGCUCAGUACUAACUGCUUCCAGUGAUCAGACAAGACGGAUGUCACAAACAGGUAUUGAUGUAUUACAAGCAAGCUGCUAUCUUUACAUUAUUUGUGGAACAUUUCUAACAGAAGAGUUUGUGUUUGCUGUUCAGCCACUGUUGUCUUUUAAUACAUCAAGUAUCUCUGAUAUCUAGAUUGCCAAGACUUUGUCAGUAUCCUAACACUGACAGGAUAUUGUUCUACUUGUUAUUUCAGGCUGAUGGAAAACUACACGUACAACAGCUUCAUACUUCAGAUGGAAGGGUUAAAGGUCUCAAAGGAUUCCAUGUACCCUGUUUUUUUCUUUUUACUCAUUGCCUACAUUGUUACAAUGGCUCUGAAUAUAGGCAUUUCAAUUAUAAUUUUGAUUGACAAGAACCUUCACCAGCCUAUGUAUGUCAUUUUCUGCAACCUGUCAGUCAGUGACAUGAUUGGUAGUACUAAUACUGUGCCCCGUUUGCUUGCGGAUAUUUUAGUGCCUCCAUCUCAGCGUCUCAUCACUUAUUAUGAAUGUGUGGUCCAAGCUUUCAUUUCACACUUGUUUGGUACAACAUCCCAAACUGUGCUCAUGAUUAUGGCCUAUGACAGAUACGUGGCCAUUUGCAAUCCACUGCACUAUGCUUCCACAAUGACCACCAAAAUGGUGAUUAAGCUGACAGUUGCUGCUUGGGGAGUGGCCUUCGUUUUGGUGGGGAUUCUGCUCAGUCUGACCAUACGUCUCAACCGAUGCAGGACUGUGAUCAGGAAUCUAUACUGUGACAAUGCUUCCCUGUUUAAGCUCUCCUGUGAGAGUGUGUUGAUCAAUAACGUCUAUGGUCUCACUUUCACUGUAGUGUUGAAAGCCGCCUCUAUAGGCAGCACAAUUCUCACAUAUGCUAAAAUAACAAUGGUCUGUGUGAGUGGUAAAAACAAGUCUUUGAACAAGAAAGCCUUGAAGACCUGCAGCACUCACCUGGUUGUGUAUCUGAUCAUGUUGAUCAGUGGAUUUAUUGUCAUUAUUCUGCAUCGCUUCCCUCAAUACGCAGACUAUAGAAAACUUGCCGCUGUUCUGUUUGUGAUUGUCCCUGGCAGCCUUAACACCAUUAUUUAUGGAGUGCAGUCCAAAGAGAUAAGAAAAUUCUUAUAUGAAAUGUUUCAUGAGAAAAAAUGCUUCACAUUGUGUAAAAAAUGA